GUGCCCCAACAGAGCGUCCCCCGUCGUUUCUGUCGUACGCCUGUUGUUGCGUCUUUGCUCACGCCCCGACUCGUUUCUCGCCCCUUCAUCUCUUCGUUUUCGACCCGACGGAGCACUUUGCGCUCAGUUCAAGUCGUCUCUCCGCAAGAGCUUCUGUCAACGGCACCGGCUCUCACAAGAAUUUCCCAUCUUCGGACAGAAUCCCGACGCCGAGCUCGCCUCGAUUCACACUGCGCUCGCCUGGAGAGCGUGCGACGUGCAACCCAAUCCUGACCGAUCGAGCAGCCCGUUCCACCCGAGGCAGUGAUUUCCUGGUGCGCAUAUUCCUCUCGAAGGAAGCCGGAUGCGAAGGAAGUGAACGACGUCAAAGCCGGAGGCUCCUCAGUCCUUUGGGACGUUACUUUGGUCAUACAACUGUUGCACACAUAGCUCAUCGAGCCGCACGCCGUCAACAUGCCCGGCAUACUUCCGAUGAAAGUGAUCAAGGUGGGCACGAAUGCGCAGACCACCAGAAUUGCACAGGCGUGUGAUCGCUGCCGUUCGAAGAAGAUACGGUGCGACGGCAUCCGCCCAAGCUGCACACAAUGCGUUAACGUCGGGUUUGAGUGCAAAACGAGCGACAAGCUCUCCCGACGUGCGUUCCCUCGCGGCUACACUGAGUCGCUUGAAGAACGAGUGCGAUCCCUGGAGUCGGAAGUGAGGGAACUCAAGGCACUCUUGGACGAGAAGGACGAGAAAAUAGACAUGCUAUCGAGGAUACAUGCACACUCGCCUCAGCCCAGUCAGAGACGGAAGUCUGCGGCAACAAUACCCACGCCUGAAUCAACAAGGGAUUCGCCAGAGGCGAAGGACGACGUCCUUAAAAUUGAACAACCGCCGCCUUUGGCAGCUGACGACAACCCAGCAGCCUGCUUUAUGGGUACAUCCAGCAGUAGACUCAUGAUCGAGGCAUUCAAAAGCAGGCUGCAGGAGUUCGGCAAGCCGUCUGCUGAGUUCAGCGUUGGCGCGUUCUUCGAUUCCCCAUCGAAAGCGUCUCGUAGCACGGCGAGACAACAAAGCGUCAGCUUCCAGGCUCCAGCGCGGAUGGUGUCGGAUCAGCUGGUUAACAUCUUCUUCCAAGAAUGGGCUCCUCUUUAUCCCAUUCUCCAUCGGCCUACGUUCUUGAAGCUCUACGAGGAGUACGUAUCGAGUCCGGACUCUGUGACGGACAAACAGCAUCUCGCACAGCUGAACUUGGUGUUCGCAAUCGCUGCCCAGUCCAGCGAUGUUCCUUUCCAUCAAGAAAUUCCAUCCUUCACAGCACAGUGGCAGGCGGCUGUGGAAUCUUUCGUGAUGGAGAAUGACCUUACGACGCUUCAGUGCCUCCUGCUGGCGCAAAUUGCGUCUCUGCAAUCUGGUGACUAUUCCGGCAUGCUGAAAUACAAGGCCCUCGCUUCGGGCCUGUCGCAGCGUCUUGGCCUACACCUAUCACAAAAGAGAUUUGCGCUUGGCACAUUGACCGUCGAAAUGAGAAAGAAACUAUUUUGGACUAUGUAUACCUUGGACUGUUUCACUUCCGCGCAGCUCGGCUUGCCUCGCUCCAUGAGGGACGAAGACGUGCAGUGUGAAGAUCCUGUCGACGCCGACGACGAGUACAUCACCGAAGAUGGAUUUUUACCAACCUUGCCAGGCGAAUUUACCAAGCUGUCUAGUGCUUUGGCCCUUAUGAAAGUUUCGCGUAUUCUUGCCAAGGCCAUCUCCACUCUCUAUCCAGCGAAAGACUCAUAUGCCAUUUCAUUUCGAUCGAUUGUAGCCCUCUCCGACGAACUAGAUGAAUGGUUGAAAAGCCUACCUCAGCAUUUGCGUCUUCAGUUUGUUCAAGACAAGCCAAGUACGAAUAUCAUAUCCUCUCGCUCUCCGCUUUUGUCUUUAGCAUACCACUACAUAAGAUCCUUGAUUUAUCGGCCUGCAGUAUGUGCUUCCGAAGCAGCAAACCACAUAUCGAGCUCGGCCAAGGUUGCUCUCGCUUCUUGUUCCAAGCACACGGUGCAGAUCAUUCAACUUCUAAGCGAACGAAAUCUCUCGUUCUCGUUCUGUCUCAACAAGAACGAACUUCUUGUCAGCGCAGGCUUUGGCCUCUUAUUCCAGAGCCUGGGUCUUGAACGCGGGAGCACACUUUUGAAAGAGAACCAAAGACUGACGGCCGUCAUUGCUCAUCUUCUCGACCGACGACCGUCCAAGGCGUCUGUCGAAUUUCGGCGCGUGAGCACAGCGCUGACUAUGCAGCACAUGCCGGGAAGCGCUGAGCAGAAACGAACACCAGUCCUGUCGCGACACAAUUCCGACAGCAAUCUGCCGCAGGCUCAGGACAGCAUGAGCUCGGCCCAGAAGCACUUCCGAGCAAUUGUGUCGCGCUUUAGCUCGAGCACCAAAAACGUUCGUCCUGAUGAUCGUCGCGCCACACUUCCUGUAGUUAGCCUUCCAGCCGGUAACAUUUCUCGCACAAGUUUGUCCAGCAUACGAUCGGAGCCGCACCAAGCCCGGAGUGAACCGUCCAUGUCCCCGGAUUUCCAGCAACCGAGCAUGAGCCCGCCAAAGCAACCUUCACGACCGAAUAGCUCUGUCCCCAAGCUUCCCACGAAUCUAGACUUUCUGCCCCUAGGUUCGACUUCGGUCACAGCGGCUUACCCAGCGUCAACUUCAACACCUGGAAAACAGGACGUCAACCCUGCAGAUUGGGAGCGCCUGUUGUCGUCUUUAGAUAGCGGCAAAAUGAACAUCUACGAUGGCAUCUAUGGAGGACCGGCGAUCGAAGCACUCGCAGACGUUUCUGUUCUACCCCCAGCUGAGGCAAAUCUCGUCUGGAGUCCAGACGUGUGGGCGAUCAACAACACCUCAACGGUUCCUCAGAGCGUCCUCAGCUUCAGCGACGAAAGCUUGACGAGCGGAGAGGAGUUCCCGGACUUGACAAAUUGCGCAAGUAACGAUAGCUACAACGGUAUCUUAAUUCCGGAGAUGAGUCCCAGCAGCGUGGAUAGUUUUGGUCUUCCUGGGUUGGAUGGUAAUUUUGGGCUCUGAAAAAGUUGGGGUCACAGAGGGCGUAGUUUUUGGUACCAUGCGGUGUGUGUUUACUUGAUACCACGAAUGCGAUACGGGAGGUGGGAACACGGAUGAAAAACGGGCGUUUCGUCACGAUGUCCACUUCUAACGAGUACACUGACCUUGAUUCUAACAUGUUCUUGUGGGGAUACCUGUACAUAAUCGGAAUGUCACACUAUUCGUGAUACGAAAUGGCAUGCUUUGAUGCGA